UCAUCUACUACGUGAGUCGCUCUGCUAAGAUGGAAGAGUGGCUGACCAAUGAGACGGUUCAGGAGGCUCUGCGGCCGUGUCUCGGUCCCAACUACGUGGACAGUGACCCCACCUUCAACCUGAACAUCGAUGAGGACUACGACCACCGGGCCUCUGGCAUCACCCUCUCCUCGUUCUGCAUGGUUUACCUGGACUGGAUUCAGUACUGCAACAGCAGGCGGCAAACGCCGGUGACUUGUGAAAGAGAUUCUCCACUCGUCAACCUGUGUUUUGGGCUGUGUAUCCUGGGAAGACGAGCUCUGGGCACGGCUUCCCACAGCAUGUCUGCAAGCUUGGAGCCAUUUCUCUACGGCCUCCAUGCCCUCUUCAAGGGAGACUUUCGCAUCACGUCUCCCAGGGAUGAAUGGGUGUUUGCAGAUAUGGACCUGCUGAACCGAGUCGUGGCUCCAGGAGUGCGCAUGUCCCUCAAACUGCAUCAGGCCGGAAUCGAACCUGGGUCCUCGCGGGCGGUGGUGGACUGUUACAGCUGAAGACUCGCAACGGCGGUGGACUUUCACAACGCCGGAGCCUCGCAACGGCGGGUGUUUGCG